CUGCCCACUGUGCCUCAUCAAUAGCAAUUUAAAUACCCGCGCAGCUUGUUUUAUUUCUUCAUUGGACUAACUCAAGUUGUAGCUGACACAUCGGUUCUGAUUACACGGACACAUCGACGACUUUCAUCACCAUGCCAACCGUUUACCGUGGAACUGUAGUACAUACGAAAUCGUUCGAUGAGUUUGAAUCUUUUGGGCCUGGUUUUGUUGCUGUGGAGGGAGAAAAGAUCAUUGGCGUUGGCAGCGACUUGGAGAAAUGGCUAAGCGAACAGAAACUAAAGUCCGAAGACGUGACCGAGGUGCAGCUGACAGAGUAUCAAUUUUUAAUGCCCGGCUUUGUGGACUGCCAUAUUCAUGCCCCCCAAUAUGAUCAGUAUGGUCUGGGCCUGGAUAUGCCUCUACUAGAUUGGCUCAACACAUAUACAUUUCCAUUGGAGGCUAAGUUUGCCGAUCCGAAAUAUGCUCAGCAAGUGUACAAGAACGUUGUCGAAGCAACGAUACGGUGUGGUACCACUUUAGCCUCCUAUUUUGCCACUAAUCAUUUGGAAUCCACACUUGUCUUGGCCCGUGAAGCAGUGCGUCAAGGCCAACGGGCACUGGUUGGCAAAGUGUGCUCCAAUUGCAACAGUCCCGAUUUCUAUGUAGAGAAGACGGAAGAUUCCGUGAAGCAUACGAAACUCUUUGUACAGGAAAUACAAAAUCUAAAGAGUCCUUUGGUCAUGCCCACCAUAACACCGCGUUUUGCUCUUAGUUGUUCGGAGGAUUUACUCAAGCAACUGGGUAGCAUUGCCAAGUCUGAUGAUCUUCAUAUCCAGAGUCAUAUCAGUGAGAAUGUUUCGGAAAUAGAAGUAGUUAAAGGCAUCUUUAAAACGAGUUAUGCCCAGGCUUAUGACAAUGCCGGAUUACUAACUAAGAAGACUGUCAUGGCUCAUGGUGUGCAUUUGGAGGACAGUGAGAUAGCUUUAUUGAGAGAUCGUGGAACAUCUAUAGCUCAUUGUCCUGCCUCCAAUACCAUGUUGUCGUCCGGGCUGUGCGAUGUCCAGCGUCUGGUCAAAUCUGGCGUUACGGUAGGCCUUGGCACUGAUGUAUCUGGUGGCAAUUCAGUUUCCAUAAAGGAUGCCUUGCUGCGUUCCCUAGAUGUGUCCAAACAUUUGGAUUUCUUUAAGAAGCAAAAUAUUUGGGGCACCGGAACAGCCAAGAUUCCCGAUCCAAAGUAUCAGCAAUUGAAAUACAAACAGGCCUUCUACUUGGCCACUUUAGGUGGAGCCAAAGCACUCGCUUUGGACCAUAUAACUGGCAAUUUCGCAGUGGGCAAGCAAUUCGAUGCACUUCUAGUGGAUGUUAGUGCCUUGGAGCAACCGACACGCUCAUUGAAUGUCAAUGAGCUGCUGGAGAAAUUCAUUUACACCGGCGAUGAUCGCAAUAUAUUAAAAGUUUUUGUGGCUGGCAAAAGUAUCAAGAAAGAAUAAUGAAAAAUACAAUUGGUUAACAGUUUCAUUUCAUUUUGAAAUGUUUAAAGAAUUUAUAUCAUAUAAAGAGGACAAAUGCCUAAAACACACUUUUCAUACUUAUAUAUACAUAUAUAUAUAUUUACUUUUGCCAUCGGCCCAACAUAGUUUAUCUCUUUUCAUUAUGCAAACAUUAAUAUACAUUUUCUAUGUAAUUUUA